AUGCCGCCGACCCCCGUAUACGCUCGCGACGAAUUCCGAGGCGUUCUUCCUGCGCCAGGCGACGGCCCUGUCGAGCACCUCGGCCCCAAGUACAGCGACCUGGUCCCCGUCCUCAGGAUCGUCAAGGGCUCGCGGCGGGACGGGCACCGCAUCUUCCCCGACCAUCAUCACGUCGUCAAAGCGUGGGGCACCGACGCGUGCUCGUACCUCUCUUCAGCGUGGAGGAGCGCUUCGCCAGAGAGGAGGUCGGCGUUCAAGCGCAGCCUCGAGUUGUUCUACGAGGCGCUGCAGGCCGUAGACAGAGCGAACCCGGACAUCCUUCCCUCGUACGAGAACAUGCGCAUCUUCCUCGCUUCGCCGCACAUUCCCCACCGCUCGCCUGGCCUCGAGCCGGCUCACCCGGCGUCGUCGACGGCGCCGCCGACCCCGCCCGCGCCCAGGGAGCAAUCGCUCGCCAAGGCGCCGCGACCGCUCCUCGGGCUGCGCGCUGCGGCUCGGUACGGGCUCGACAAGGACGAGUGGGAGCGCAGGGCGGACGCGGCGCACGGGCGUUUCUGGUAG